UCCCUGUCGCGCCUGCCCGUCGCGGGUAUACCUGUUGUGCCCGUCGUGUCCGUCGUGCCUGCCUGUUCUGCCCAUCCUGCCUGGCCUGCUGGCCUGUCCUCGCUUUCUGCUGCCGUCCGCGCGCCGGCCAGUCCACACAUACACGCACGCACACACACAGCUCAGCACAAUGGCCUCAGACGCCCAUGGCAGCCCCGACUACGGGCUCGAGCUGGAGAGAAUCGCCGUGCGUGCUGCGAACCGCACCGCGCUCCCGUGACCGCUUUGCUGACAUGGCGUCCUGCUGCAGGUUGGCCCGUACUGCGUCUUCGACGACUUCAAGCUGCCCGCAAGCCCCCAGCGCCGCCCCUCGCCGCCGUCGCCGCGCCGCAAUACGAAUACGGGCAAGAUGGAGGACCCCAUGCUGGCGAGCAACUACCCCUUCAGCGGCAUGCGUGGCCCGUGGUUCACCGCCCCGGGCGACGACAUGGCGCUCGUCGCACCCGCCGACGACCUGAGCAACUGGAACGAGUGGAUGCACUACGACCCCGCUGCCGUCUCGCAGAACCCCGACGCGAAGCUGCCCAUGUCCGCCUACCCGCGCCCCGCCCAGCAGCAGUCGCCCGUCUUCGACCCCCGCCAGCAGACGCAGGCCAUGGCGUCCAAUGCCAUGGCCACCGCCGCCUCCCUGUUUGCCCAGUCCAACGGCGUGCCCUUUUCCUUCGGCCAGAGCGUCGACAUGCCGCCAGCCUUCGACUUUAGCGGCAAUGCGUCGAGCUCCCCCGUCGCCGCAGACGUCCAGCAGCAGAACGGCUACUACUCGCCCUCGAUGUGGCAGCAGCAGCAACAACGACAGCAGCAACAGCAGCAGCAGCAGCAACAACAACACCAACAGCAGCAGCAGCAAAUGGGCGACAACACCCUCUUCUCGUCGUCUCGCUUCGACCAGCAAGCCUUUGCCGCCCCGCCACCAGCAAUCUCCACACCCAGUCUCCACCACAGCCCCAGCUCCCUCGGCCAUGGACCAGCCAGUUCGUCGUCAGCCCACUCCUCGCCAGAACCCAUCAGCAGCAGCAAGAAGAGAAAGGCAUCGUCCGAUUCAGACGAGCCCGACGACUCGACACGAUCAGGCAAGAAAGAGCGGUCACAGCCACCCAAGAAGACAGCCCACAACAUGAUCGAGAAGAGAUACCGCAACAACCUCAACGACAAGAUUGCCGCUCUCCGUGACAGUGUACCGAGCCUUCGCGUCAUGUCACGCCCUAACGGCACAGAAGAGGAAGACGACCCCGAGGAUUUGGAAGGCCUCACCCCUGCGCACAAGCUGAACAAAGCCACCGUCUUGUCCAAGGCCACCGAGUAUAUCCGACAUUUGGAGAAGCGUAACAAGCGUCUGCAAGAUGAGGUUACCGCUUUGAAGGGACGGGUAGAGAGCUACGAGAAAUUGGCCAUGUCUGGGUCCAUGUCAAUGCACGCAGCCGUCGGCACCCCUGAUAACGCCAGAUACCACAAGGAACCGUACACGCCAACGCAUGGAAUGCCAAUGUCUGGCCCUCCCCAGGGGAUGAUACCCGUACCGGAUAACAUUGCCGCCCUGCAACGAGGACUGCCCCCACAAUCACACUACGCGCCUGCAUAUCCACCCUACUCCGGUGGAACCAACCGCUCAGUCAUGCCUGGACCUCCAAUGGUCAAUGGACGACGCGGCGGAGCAAUGGCGGGCAAACUAAUGGUCGGCGCGCUGGCUGGUCUGAUGGUCUUUGAGGGUAUGGUCGAGCACGAGCAGUCACAAGAAGAGCCAGGAGGUCGUGGUCUGUUUGCACUGCCAAUCAGUCUCCAUCACUUUCUUGCCCCGCAAGCUUCGUUCGGCGUUUCAACGACUCAGAUCCCCAUCGUCAAGCUCCUUCUGAUAUUUGGGGCUUUUGCCUACCUGGUCAUGCCAUUACUCGAUUUCAAAGCGAAGCCAAAGAAGAAGGCCGCGCCCGCAGUUCUUCUGACGCCUGCACCAUCGCUUGCAUCUCCGGUUGAAGUCCGGCGAAAGGCAUGGCUAACGGCAAUUCAAACUGUGUGGGUUCCUCAGCACAACUUCAUCCUCGAGGCGGCAGCUCUCGGCUUGAAGACCCUCAAACUCAGUACACGAAAAAUCAUUGGCUGGGAGUGGUACGCACAUCUCACUGGCAUUACGAAGGAGCAAGAGGCCGCCCGUGUCAAAGCCUGGACCAUUGCACUCGAUGCUCAACUCACAGGAGGUGACGCAGAAAUCAGCUGGAGUCGCCUAAUUCUUUCCCUGGUGGCAUCAGGUACAUUGCCAGAUACACCAGCAAGUCUCAUGUUGAAGGCUUUGCACAUCCGAGUGCUUCUUUGGGAAAUCGGCAAUGCAGGUCUCAGUUCGUGGUGGAUCGACCACUUUAGUGCCAAACUGGCAGAGAGUUACUGGAACAUGGCUCGCAGCGAACACAAAAUUGCCGCAAAUACAGCAUCGAAUCAGGACAGCGAAGCGGAACGUCUUCCAGAGCACUUGGUUGCUCUUCUUGAACGACAAUGUGACGAAGUUUUGGUCCCUGCAAUUGUACAACGCGCGCACAAUCUUGCUUGGAAUAGGCCAAGUGCCGAAAAGACGGACGUUGACCUUUCCAUGGAUGGCGUUGUGGAGGACUUUGACAUAUGCUCACCAUUGGAUGCACUUGCCGCUUGGUAUUCAAGCACCGUGCUGAAGAAGGGCCUUGCGGAUUACCUCGGUAGUAAGGCUGAAUCGCCCAAGGAGGGUGUCAUAUCCGACUUGGAGCUUGCCCUUCGAUCCUCUCCUCCUAACUCGCAAGCUCAAGUACGAGCUCUAGUCGCCCAAGCAGUUGUGUUCGACGACGACCGCAAUGCACGCAUCGCAACAGCCCUUCGUGCGCUACCGGUACUACCAGCACCUCAAUCGAAGGACGUUGGCUUCAUGAACUUGGUCGGCGACGGCUCAGUUGCGGUCGACGUCCGCAAAGCCCUUACGCUGGCCAAAUGCCUUUCUUUUGCCGAAUCGUCAUCUGCACAAGCGCGGCACCCCGGCAUCUUCGUCGUCAACAACACCUACUUCCCCGAACCCACCAUCACGCUGCUCAGCUUUGUCGCAGGCUACCGAGUCCUAACACGCUUCAUGCAGGAUGCCACACUUCAUGCCGAAACUGGCUCUGGACUUGAGCGCAUCGCCGCUUCGCUGCGCACGUGGGUUGGCCACGAGACGGGGCGGCGUAGCGGACUGUCAGACAAGGCGCGUCGUCGCAUUGUGAGGAGUUGUCUAGAUGCGACCAAGGUGCUUGUCGGGCUUGCUGAGCGGGGCGACGAGGUUGAUGACGGGUAUGUGAGUGCUAGUGCCAAGGACGAUUAAACGACCGUCUUUUGGCAUAAUGCUCAAUUGGUUUUAAACAUCUUACCACAGGCGCGGAGUUUCUGGUCAACACAAGGCUUCAUUGCCUGUUUUUUUUUAUACGGCGUUGGAAUUCAAACGGAGUUUUACCUACUGUCGGAAGGGAUGAAGUUGGGACCUUUUUCUCUUCUUCUUUUCGCGUUUCGCCAAAUAUCUUUAUCGCCUUUUGUGUCCUGUAGAUGUAUGCCCUCAUGAGGCGAGGCUACUUCCAUGUCGCUAUCAGCGAGUAUCUCCUUUUCUUAGCUUCUUCUUCGUCUCUCCCCCUUUUUUUCCCUGUGUAGAUGAGUGGCUAUUUUCGAUACCACCAUAUAUACCUAUCAAAGUACAAAACACAGAAAUCACGCAUAUUGUCAAUCAAGAAUUGAGAAUUGAGAUGGUGUAUUCGUUGGGAUUGUUUGUGUUUGCGCGUGACUUGCUGGUGAAUGAAUGAA